AUGACGAAUCUAUCGUUGGAGGAAGAAACUCAACAGCGGCAGGUGAGAUCAGAGGACGACGACGAAGAGGGAGCGCUGCCGGUUCUACCUCCGCAACGGUCUGUCUCGCCUCCACACUCGUUAGACGUUCCGAGUGGCGACGAGACGUCGAGGAUCACGGAUCUACAAUGCAUCGAGUACAAUACUAGUAAUGCCAAUGGCAAUUUAUUAUAUCCUUCCGAGGUGGAUGUGGACGAUCUAAUAGAACACAUGAUGGCGAACAUCAAUAACCCACAACAAGAAGCCAAUGACAAUGGCAAUCCAAGCAGUAGUAACAGCGGACAUGAUGAUCCGGCCAAUCCGUCUACCUCUUCCUCAUCCACCACCAGCUGUGUUCCUGAUCAGACCAGCGACGCCGACAAGGCCACAGAAAUUGCCAGACAAGAUUGGCAAGACAAAUUUGGAGCCACAACUACAACAUCCAGCGACACUGGCACUACUGUACUAAUAUCGCACAGUAACACCACCAUGGAGAUGUCAUCCUCCAAAGAAGAAGUGGCUUUACAUGUAGUAGACAUACCGGACUCUUUCAAGGACCUGAACAGCGCCAUGCUUCUGCCAGACACCAACAAUGACGGCAACAACAAUGACGAAGCGCUAGUACCACCGGGUGCAGUGGCCGUCACGGGAAGUUACACCGCGCGACAACUCUAUCCCGUACAGACCAUCUCGCAACCGACCAGCGACAACCAUCCAAAUGUGGAAACAACUCCACCACCCCAAGUCGAGACGCUGUUGGAGGCCACACUGGUAGAGCAUGACAAUCAUCAUCAUACAAACACAAAACUGGUCGAAGCAGAAGCACUCGUGUGUGGACAGUUCUCCAAGAAACAGUUAUGGUAUUUGAGUUCUGGUCUACUCGUCUGUCUCCUACUUGUAUCCGCCGUCGUUGUGGCAGUAACCAUGACGGUCACCACAGGAACAAACGAGAAGGACAACAUCAACAGCCAUCCGUCCUCCCUUGCACCGACACCAACUCCACGUCCCACUCUGGAACUGAUCCGAGAGCGUGGUGUCUUGCGGUGUGGAAUCUGGAAGGAAUCACUCGAUUUUUUCAAUCUCGUUGGAGCAUACGACCAGCCAGAAGAUCAAGUGGAUCAAGUCCUCUGUCGGGCAUAUGCCGCCGCAAUACUGGGGAAUGCCAGUCGCCAUGAAAUUGUCUUGACAUCACAAGAAGCUAAUCUACAACUAUUGCAAAAUGGCACCAUUGAUCUAUUGCUCAGUCAUGUCGAGACGGGAAUGCAAGCCGAUGUCUGGGAGAGUGCGAACAAUGUCAAUGCUGGCUUUACGUUUAGUGUCCCGUACGUGUACACGGAUCUGGUCUACGGAGGCCUACCCGAAUACGUGGCAUGCGCCGAUGACAAUAUGAAUGCCAGAGGCAAUUGCAGUGGACUAUCCAUUUGUACCAAUGACAAGACGGCCUACUUUGAAGCCAUUGCCAGCAAACUACCAGAAAGUCACUUGGUGAAACUCAAUGAUACGCUCGGUAUUGUAUUUGGCUUUGUCGGGGGGCGGUGCAAUGUUUUGCCUUCAGAAAACAGCGGUAUCAUGGAGUGGGGUUUGGGCCUCUUGGGUUAUAAAGGCGAGUAUGUACGAGGCACAGUGCCCUUUGCAAAAGAUGUCGUCACGGUGGCGACACGAGAUGACGACGCAGAGUUCUCCGACUUUGUAAACAUCAUCUUGAUGGGCCUCUUUGCGGCAGAACAAGCCAACAUUACCCGAGACGAUGAUGAUUCAAUGGCACUAGUACAAUCUGCAAGGGUGUUGGGCAACGAGUUGGCCCAUGCCGUGCGUGCGGUAGGCAGCUACAGAGACGUCUACGAGCAAGGAGUUUCUCCCAUUAUGAAACGAGAAGUUUGGAACCUCAUCAAUAACGGCACCACAGGUCUACUCUAUGCGUUACCAUUUGGAAAACUGAGCAACGACGGUCCCGGUCCAACCCCAGGAGGUACCUUGGAUCGGAUUUGGAAACGACCCGAUCGAAAGCUCCACUGCGGCAUUCGGCUGGGUAGGGAAGGCUUUGCAGACCUGGAUGAUGCAGGAGUUUCGGUUGGAAUGGAUGUGGACUUUUGCACGGCUCUGGCGGCAAGCGCUAUAGAGGGAGAGGCCCAGUCCAUUGAGUUUGUAGAAGUCAUGGAUGAAGCUGAUGGAUACCAGAAACUGCAGAGGGGAGAAGUGGAUGUUCUGGCUGGGUUCGAGUGGAAUAUCGUGAACGACUACAGUGAACAGACCACUGGGGAAGGCUACGCCUUUUCUCAGCCAUACUUCUAUAAUCCAGUGGCAGACCGGGCCAGUUUCAAUUCAAGCGUCUUUUUGGAAGACGGUGACAAUCGCUGUCUUGUUACGAAGCAAGACGAUCCUCAGUUUGCAUCGUUUGUUUUUUGGGUCGUUGAAGCUAUCAUCUACGCCGAAGAGCAGGGGAUAACCCAAGCAACCGCCAAUGACAUGGUAGAUGUGAACCUUUAUGGUGAGAAUUUUUCCAAAAUGUUCAGAGAUGCCAUCUAUUUUGCAGGCAGCUAUGGGGAAAUCUUCGACCGGAACCUUGGCAACUUGUUUCUUGAACGAGGGCGCAAUGCGAUCAACCUUGUCAAAGCACCCGGCCCUCAAAUCUAUGUGCCACCUGGAUACUUUUGA